CUGCUGUUGCUGGUUAAAGAUGGCGCUGCACGGCAGUACAGUUGAACGAGAUCUUUGUUGUCACCUGUAAAAACGAUGAUCUGAGAAACGAGAAACUCAAAAGCCAUAUAAAAGCGAAGACACUCAAGUUAUAUCGCACUAACCUGCCUUGGCAUACUUGAAGUAAAAUGCCUUCUCCGAAAGCGCGGAGCAGCGCUGGGCGCAGCGGCAGUGUUCCGUGUCCCGGCGGUGGAAACGGGCGCUAUGAGUUCAUUUCAUUGAGCCGAACUCCUCCGCCAAACCUGCUGCAGAGACAGGGCUCCGAUCCCACCUCAGCGCGGCUCCGAGCCUCCGAGAGCCCCAACCGACGCCGUGGCUCGGGUUCCUCCACUUCCUCCACCGGCGGGCAACAGUUACCGGAGGAAGACUGCAUGAAAUUAAAUCCGUCUUUCAUCGGGAUAGCGCUCAGCUCUCUGCUGGCGAUCGACCUGUGGUUGUCGAAGCGGCUCGGUGUAUGCGCCUGUGAGGAUUCGUCCUGGGGCAGCGUGCGGCCACUCAUGAAGCUCAUCGAGAUCACCGGGCACGGGAUUCCGUGGCUGGCCGGUGCCGCGUACUGCCUGUAUAAAAGCGACAGUGCCGCCGGUCAGGAGGUCAUGCUGAAUCUCCUCAUGGCCUUGGUUCUGGACCUGGUGCUGGUUGGCAUGGUGAAGGCCGUGGUGCGCCGUCGACGUCCGACCCAUAACCGUAUGGACAUGUUUGCCACGUUCUCUGUGGACCGCUAUUCAUUCCCAUCAGGCCAUGCCACACGUGCCGCAAUGUGUGCCCGCUUCCUAUUGGCCCAUCUGGUUCUGGCAGCCCCACUCCGUGUGCUUGUCCUGCUCUGGGCCACUGUUGUUGGUUUUUCUAGGGUUCUCCUUGGGCGCCAUAAUGUGACUGAUGUUGCGUUUGGUUUCUUCAUGGGCUACUGGCAAUAUAAUUUGGUUGAGAUGCUCUGGUUGUCUCCAGUCAUGUUGCAAAACUCAAUUGGACAGCUUGAUUGAGAAGCUAUGAGAACUUAAAGAGGUCUUGAUAUCUUAGGGCUCAUUAUAUGGUGGAUCUAGACUCAUUCAAUUGCUGCCAGUAUGCUGGUAAUAAUUCCAUGUUGUCAGUCAAGUUGCUUAACGUGGGUUUACUGCAUUUGUUUUUGCGUCUUCGAAUGUAAGAUAGUAAUCUCAUUAAUAAUCUCCCAGCAAUGUCCAUGGUUUUAGUUUGAUUUGGAUUGUUAGGGAGCAGUGAAUAUCGAUUUCAUUCCUUUACUUAAAGUUAUUUGUCAGUCUUCCUUUCUUUCAUUACUUAAUUUGUGUCAAUACUCUGAGACUGGAUAGAUUUCAGCAGUUUUGAUGAAGCAUCUGGCAUCAUGUCCUGCCAUUUUGAGGAUUGGCACACAUCAAGAAAUUAUAGGGAAGUAGUUUUAACUUUUGGGGUGGACUAUGACUUCUGAUAUGUUUGUUAAACUGCAGGAUAUGACAACAUCACCAUUGUGAUAUGACACUUAUAAAACCUGAAACAAUAGCCAUCAACUUGAAGAAUCUGCCUCCAUUUUUUUACACCAGCCAGAGUUUUACCUCUAAUUAAUAAGAAAACUCUGAAUAAGUGAAACUUUAAUUAACAGGAAAUUUGAAAAUCAUGGGGUGAACUUCAGUGUGGCUCCAAUGCCUUGAUGAUGUGCAGUGCAGUGUCCUCAGUAGAAAUUUACGUGGGAGUAGUUGUGUUUGAAGUUCUGUUGAAUUUCAUAUCUCUGAAGUUUGGGGGGGUCUAAAAAAUUAGUGUGGUGCAAUUUCUGGGUUUUAAUGAGUAUAGAAAUGCUCUGUUUCAUUGUUCUGUGUUUGUGUCUCAGUUAAGUGUUAUAGUCAUUGUCUGUAUUGAUAUUGUAUCACUUUUUAUGUUUUAUUGUGACCACACUUGUCCUGAUAAAUGUUAUUGCACUUUUUGACUCAAUCUAUGAAUCUUAAUCUAUGAAGUAGAAUAUUGUUUUUCACCUAUGGUCUUUGAAACUUGGAAAUGCAUGAUAUGCUUCAAAACUGAUGGCAUAUAUUCAGGGGUAUGUCCAGGAAUUUUUUGCCUGGGGUGGCAAGAGUCGAGCUAAGGGUGGCAUCCAGUAAGUUCGUGGUGGUAUUUUAAUUGCCCCCAUAUGUUCCCUUUGACCAAGGAAACCAAAUUAAAUAAUUCAAGCGCAAGGCAUUGUGGGUAUUCCCCAUAGCAUUAAUUUUGUACUCAAUAGUUUGAGUUAUUAAUACUUAAAAUCUUAAGUCUAUGGAUUUUUAAGAAAAAUAAGUUCGAGGAACUUGAUAUUUUAGUUAUCAGCUCAAAACUUGACAUUUCAAGUAAUGUUUAAUAAAGACUUUAGAAAUUAACUUGAUUUUUCCAGUAAUGAUAACAUUAGGGUUUACAUUGCAUGGCACUUUGAUAUAAAAUUGAACUGAGUGAUUACAAUAAUCAUGUACCAUGGUAUUUACUGAUAUUGUUGACACUUCUACAUACACUACCGUUCAAAGGUUUGGGGUCACUUGACUGAAAUGUUUCUCAUGAUCUUAAAAAUCAUUUGAUCUGAAGGCGUAUGCUUAAAUGUUUGAAAUUAGUUUUGUAGACAAAAAGAUAUUUGUGCCACCAUAUUAAUUUAUAUAAUUACAAAACGAAAAUUUUAUUUUACAUUUUUUUUUUUUUUUUUUUAAAUUGAUGACUUGGGCCGGAUAAUUAAGAAAAGCAGCCAAUAAGUGCCCAGCAUAUAGAUGGCUUUAAAAAGCAUCCCAGGGUGAUACCUCAAGAAGUUGGCUGAGAAAAUGUCAAGAGUACUUGUCUGCAAAUUCUAGGCAAAGGGUGACUACUUUGAAGAUGCUAAAAUAUAACACAGUUUUGAUUUAUUUUGGAUUUUGUUUAUUCACAACAUAAUUCCUAUAUAUCCAUUUCUAUUAUUCCAUAGUUAGUUUACUAUUAUUCUAAAAUGUGAAAAAAAUAAAAAAAAUAAAGAAUGAGUAAGUGACCCUAAACUUUUGAAUGGUAGUGUACUUCAGAGAAUGCCUUGCAUAUUAUGGUACCAUUAAAUACAUGUCCAUGUAUUUAAAAAAGUAUACAAAAAAGCAUUUGGACCUUAUACACCGAUCAGCCACAACAUUAAAACCACCUGCCAAAUAUUGUGUAGGACUCCCUCGUGCCGCCAAAGCAGCGCCAACCCGCAUCUCAGAAUAACAUUCUGAGAUGAUAUUCUUCUCACCACAAUUGUACAGAGCUGUUAUCUGAGUUACCGUAGACUUUGUCAGUUUGAACCAGUCUGGCCAUUCUCUGUUGACCUCUCUCAUCAACAAGGCAUUUCUGUCCACAGAACUGAUGCUUACUGGAUGUUUUUUGUUUUUGGCACCAUUCAGAGUAAAUUCUAGAGACUGUUGUGCAUGAAAAUCCCAGGGGAUCAGCAGUUACAGAAAUACUCAAACCAGCCCAUCUGGACCCCCUCCAGAUUGCAUUGGCUUGGUCUUAAAGACACUCCCACCUGCUGGCGAUGCCAAUCAGAAGAUGGGGACAAAACCAAUGUUUUUUGGUGGUGUGUUAAGAUCCAAGAUUUUUGGUUGAGGGUUCAGAGUUUUAUGUGUGACGUAUUGGAUACUCAAAUUUAAUUUCAUUAAUAUAGGGGAUAAAUAUAUAAAAAAUUGGGUCCUAGCCAGUGUUAUGAUCAGCAGGCAGGUCAUCCUUAGGGGAUGGAGGUCGGCUGGAUCGCCCUCAUUUCAGGAGUGGUGCAUAGAGUUGGGCAGGGUGGCGGCAUUCGAAGAAAUGUCAUAUAGAAGGCAGGGGAACUUGAAAUUGUUUAAUGGAAAAUUGGGCAGCUAUUUGGCAUAUUUGGAGGGCUCUCGGGGAGGGGAAGUGGACAGAGAUGUGUAGAUUUAAAUGUGUGUGAUUUUUAUUUUCUUUUAUAUAUUUUUUUUUUUUUUUGUGUGUAUUCUCAAAUUGGACCAUAGGGAUGUUUGUUGGGGGUCAGGGAUUGGGAGGGCGAAAGGGAAUUAUGGGGGUUAAAAGUUGAAUCGGUGUAUAUAUGUUUGCUUUUCUGUUUCAUGUGUCUGAAAAGGGUUAAUCAGAAAAAACCAGCCCAUAUGGCACUUAACAAUCAUCCAUGCGAUUAUCUAAUCAGCCAAUCGUGUGGCUGCAGUGCAGUGCAUAAAAUCAUGCAGAUACGGGUCAGGAGCUUCUGACCCGUAUCUACCCGUUAAUGUUCACAUCAACCAUCAGAAUGGGGAAAAAUUUUGAUCUCAGUGAUUUGGACCAUGGCAUGAUUGUUGGUGCUAGACGGGCUGGUUUGAGUAUUUCUGUAACUGCUUAUCUCCUGGGAUUUUCACGCAUCAAAUAUUUGUUGACAAAUCCACCCCCAAAAUCUAGAUAUUUAACUUUUCUUCAUUCUCUGAUUUGACUUAUUUCUCCUCUGGCAGCCCAAGUAAUAUGUUGCUGGUGAAAGUCGUGGGUGUUUUGACUGUUCAAGACAACCAUUUUGCACAUUUCUCCUUUGCAAUAACUGAGUUUUAUCUUCAUGAAAGUACAAUCAUUGGUCAUUUGUGCAAUAUAACAAUAUAAGUGACAGAUGGCAACCAAUACAAAUAAUAAAAAUGAUAUUUUUAAAUUGCAAUAACAUUGUGACGUUCUGGUGAUGUUUUUGUUUGCUAGAGACCAUGUGUAUAGCUUUUCUUUUUUCUUUUGUUUGACUGAGAGGUAAUAUAGAAGAGGUUUUCAUUUGAUAUUAAGGUUUUUGGGGUUUACAUUCUUCUUGAGUCAGUUAAAGUUGCUUCACCAGUUAUCACUAUACAGUAAAUAAAAAUCUUGACAUUUGACCAUUGUAUGGUGUGUAGUAAUAAGUGGCCAUGUGAAUUGUAUUGAUGAAAAUCACUACAAGGGAUUCAGAGCUUAAUGUGGUAGCUGCUUUGACUGUUCAUUAUAUUUGAAUAUGUUAUACAAAUUUGCAACAUGUUAAAUAUACUUUACAUUGAUCAUAAUGUGAUUGUAUUUUCUAAAUAAAUAUAAAGAUGCCUUGG